CCAGCACAUUAAACACCGUUGUUUUAGGAGUGCAAUAUUUUCCUAAUGCACACACUGCAGAAAACAUUGCACAAGUGAAAGGCACACUCAUGGCAGAAUGGGCAAUUACUGACAAAGUCACAUGCCUAGUAACAGAUGGGGCUGCCAAUAUGGGGGCUUGUGCAAGGGAGCUAAGACUUAAACAUGCCAUAUGCAUAGCUCACACCCUGAACUUAGUGGUGAAGAAGGCCCUUGACCAGACCCCUGAGCUCUCUGACAUCCGAGCCAAGUCCAGGAAGAUCGUGGGAUAUUUCAGGAGCAGUACCUCUGCAAAGGAGAGGCUUUCAGUCGUGCAGGAACAACUAAGGAAGCCUCAACACAAACUACUACAGGAGGUGGAAACCCGCUGGAACAGCACUUACAAUAUGCUGCAAAGACUUUUCGAGCAAAGGGAGCCAGUGGGUGCUGCUUUGGCAAGUCUCACAACAGACAUCCCACCUAUGUCAUCUGAGGAAUUUGGUAUAAUUUCAGAGUGUCUGGUUGUCCUAGCACCAUUUAACGAUGCAACCACUGAGCUCUCUCAGGAAAAAAGGGUGUCUGGGUCAAAGGUCAUACCUUUGCUCACUAUGCUGGAUCAUUGCCUCAAUGAACAAAUGGUAGAACCACCAUCCAUUGGAUCUUCUCUGGCUCAGAAGCUGAGGAUGCUAUUGAGAGAGAAGCUAGAUAAAAUACAGACCAUGAGCAUUAUGUUCCUUGCGACACUGCUGGACCCAAGGUUCAGAAAACUCGGGUUUCUCAGCCCUGCAAGAGCUAGCGAAGCAGAAAAAAGACUGAAAGCAGAAUGUGCUUCUGUAAUGAGGGCCUCCACCACCUCUUCCUCCACACCACCACCACAGCCAUCAACGUCACAAUCUGUUGAGGCUGUUUCCCAUGGUAACAACCUGUGGCGUCACCUGGAUGAGAGUGUCAGGCAGACACAGACACAAAAUGUGACAGCAGACGCAAAUAUUGAGGUCCAACGGUACAUGAUGGAGCCAAAUAUUGGAAGGCUGGAGGACCCCCUUAAAUACUGGGGGAGACAGAAAUAUGUCUACCCUCACUUAUAUAAGUUAGCACUGACAUACCUGUGUACCCCUGCCUCAUCUGUGCCCUGUGAGCGAGUGUUUUCAAAGGCAGGGGAAAUAUUGUCCAAAAAAAGAAAUCGCCUACGACCUGCCACAGUGGAGAAACUGUUGUUUUUAAAUAAAAACCAAUGAUGUGUCCCCUAAACA